ACUCCUUGUAAUCAUUUUCGUUUUCUCACUUGACUUGCCGGUGUUUUAAAUGACGAAGGAAUGGAAAUGGAAACCGUGAGCUAUUUGAGAGAGAGCCAGUCCUCACUUGCAGCUUUAAACCACAAGAACAUUACUCUGGUGUCUUUCUCCAAACAGCAGUCAUCUAAAAAGCUUCACGUGCUGGAGGAUGGAGAGUGUCUUAUGAAGACAAGCAGGUUGUCUCGGAAAGAGGAAAACUCUUCCUUCCGUAACUCUUCAGAAGUGCUAGGAAGCCAUAGCAGACAGACUGUAGCAGGGGACACUUCCCCCUGUGUACGUGCAUUGACAAUGAAGCACAAUUUUGCCUUUGACAAUGUUGGCUUUGAGGAAGACGUGGAACAUUUGCCCUCUCUUCAUUCUCCAAUGGAUGUUGUUACAGUCAGUAUUUUGGGUAUGACUUGCCAGGCGUGCGUACAAUCCAUACAAGGGAGAAUUUCCAAGGUAAAAGGGAUUGUGGAUAUCAAGGUUUCUCUUGAGCAAAAUAAUGCUGUAAUAAAAUAUUUGGCAGUGGAAAUCAGCCCCCAUCAGAUCUGUCAGGAGAUCAAGGCCAUGGGAUACGAUGCCAGCACAGAAGAUGCAAUGCAUUCUCCAAGGCAAUUGGCCAGUGAAGCUUCUGUUAAGAUCAAGAUCGAAGGCAUGACCUGUCAGUCAUGUGCCAACACUAUUGAGGAAAAGAUUGGAAAACUACAUGGCGUGAAGAGAAUUAAAGUGGCCCUCAACAACCACGAAGCCAGCAUUGUUUAUCACCACUAUGCAAUUAAGCCUGAAGAAAUAAAGAAUAGCAUAGACAGCCUGGGAUACGAAAGCACCAUUAAGCACAAGCAAAUCCCGUUAAAACUUGGUGUGAUUGACAGGGAGCAUUUGCAGCAGAUGAAUGCAAGAACUCCGGGUGGGCUUGAUGGCAACAGAAAUUCAACAGAGAACAGUGGAAAUGACACUUCCAUUGUAGCACUGGCUGUGGAAGGGAUGCAUUGCAAAUCCUGCACUGACACUAUUGAAAAGGCCAUCUCAGACUUGCCUGGUGUACAUCGCAUCCAAGUGUCUUUGGAACAGAAAAAUGUGGUUGUGUGGUAUGACCAGAAACUGGUCACCCUGUCCUCACUGCAGCAAGCCAUCCAAGGUCUCCCUCCUGGUCAUUUCAAAGUAGCCUUUUCUAGUGGAAUGGAGAAUUGUAACGGAGUGCUUCCCUCCCAUGCAGCAUCCUCCUUUUCUUGUCCUCCCAGUCUCCCCCAAGGACAUCUGCAAAGCGAAUCCAGCACCACUGUGAUCAGCAUUGGUGGGAUGACCUGUAACUCCUGCGUGAAAUCCAUUGAAGGCUUGAUAUCUCAAAGGAAAGGGGUGGUCCAUAUAUCAGUAUCUUUAGCUGAGGGGACCGGAGCUAUAUGCUAUGAUUCAGCUUUAACAAACCCUGAAGAAUUGAGUGCUUCUAUAGAAGACAUGGGGUUUGAUGCGUUGGUGCUAACAGACACCACCACUGGAAGACUUGCCACUGGAAGUAGUGAGGCCAGUGAAUCAGCUUCUGCUCUCUUGAGAACCAAACCUGUUUAUGAAUUGCCAUGUGGAGAUGUUGUGCUGGAGACAGAGAACUUGUGUCAUGGUCAUCCGAAGCCACCCAGUGCGGAAACCACUGAAAAAUGCUUUAUGCAGAUCACGGGCAUGACAUGUGCAUCUUGCGUCUCAAACAUUGAAAAGAAUCUGCAAAAAGAAAAUGGAAUAGUUUCUGUGCUUGUUGCCUUGAUGGCAGGGAAAGCUGAAGUAAAAUAUAAGCCAGAGUUGAUUCAGCCUCUGGAAAUAGCCCAGCUGAUUGAGAAUUUGGGCUUUGAAGCCUCAGUCAUAAAAGAUUACCCUGAUGCAGAUGGAAAUAUAGAUCUUAAGAUCCUAGGGAUGACUUGUGCUUCAUGUGUACAUAACAUUGAAUCCAGACUUGUCAAAACACCUGGCAUCCUUGAUGCUUCUGUAGUGCUGGCCACAUCCAAAGCCCGUGUCCGCUUUGACCCUGAAGUAAUCGGUCCUCGAGAUAUUAUAAAAAUUGUUGAGGGAAUUGGUUUUCAGCCAUCUCUGAUUAAAAAGAGUCCACGAGAUCACAGCUUAGAUCACAAACAAGAGAUCCAACAAUGGAAGAAAUCAUUCUUAUGCAGUCUGGUAUUUGGUAUCCCUGUUUUGAUCUUAAUGAUUUACAUGCUAAUACCUGAUGGCCAGCAGCAUGGAUCGUCGGUGCUGGAGCAAAACCUAAUUCCUGGAUUAUCUAUUCUAAACCUUCUCUUCUUUGUCCUUUGCACUUUGGUUCAGUUCCUUGGUGGCUGGUACUUCUAUGUCCAGGCCUAUAAGUCGUUGAAACACAAGAUGGCCAAUAUGGAUGUCCUCAUAGUGCUGGCCACGACUAUUGCUUACGUUUACUCUUGUGCUAUUUUAUUGGUCGCAAUGGCAGAACAGGCAGAGCAAAGCCCCCUCACCUUUUUUGACACCCCUCCGAUGCUGUUUGUGUUCAUUGCUCUUGGCCGGUGGCUGGAACACAUAGCAAAGAGUAAAACAUCAGAGGCACUUGCCAAAUUAAUCUCUCUUCAAGCAACGGAGGCUGUUGUGGUGACACUUGGACCUGACAACUGUGUCAUCAGGGAGGAUCAAGUACCUGUCGAGCUGGUUCAGCGAGGAGAUGUUGUCAAAGUGGUACCUGGUGGGAAAUUCCCAGUUGAUGGGAAAGUAAUUGAAGGCAAUUCUAUGGCAGAUGAAUCCCUAAUCACUGGGGAAGCCAUGCCUGUCACUAAGAAACCUGGCAGUACUGUGAUUGCAGGUUCUCUCAAUGCCCAUGGCUCAGUGCUUGUCAAUGCGACUCACGUUGGCUCUGAUACCACCCUGGCCCAGAUUGUGAAACUGGUCGAAGAAGCUCAGAUGUCAAAGGCACCCAUCCAGCAACUGGCUGACAAAUUUAGUGGGUACUUUGUCCCAUUUAUCAUCAUAAUUUCUUCUGCAACACUAGUUGCAUGGAUUGUGAUUGGAUUUAUACACUUUGAUAUUGUGCUGAAAUACUUUCCUCAUUACAGUAAACACAUUUCGAAAGCAGAAAUCAUCAUACGGUUUGCUUUCCAGACCUCCAUUACAGUCCUGUGCAUUGCCUGCCCCUGCUCCCUGGGCCUGGCCACUCCGACAGCUGUGAUGGUGGGCACAGGAGUCGCUGCACAAAAUGGUAUUCUCAUCAAAGGUGGGAAGCCUCUGGAAAUGGCACACAAGGUCAAUACUGUGAUGUUCGAUAAAACAGGGACAAUCACUUACGGGGUUCCCAAAGUCAUGAGAAUCCUCUUGCUUGGUGAUGCUGCAGCUACUCUCUCUCUGAAGAAGAUCCUUGCUGUUGUUGGCACAGCAGAAGCCAGCAGUGAGCAUCCCUUGGGGGUGGCUGUCACUAGAUACUGUAAAGAGGAGCUUGGCACAGAUGUCCUUGGUUAUUGUCAGGACUUCCAGGCAGUUCCUGGCUGCGGAAUAAGCUGCAAAGUCAGUAGCAUUGAAACUAUGCUGGGUGAGACGGAGCGGCAUUUGGAUAACCUGAGCUCUCAACGUGGUGACACUGACAGCAUUCUUGCAAACCAGGGCUCACAGACUCUGGUCCCCAAACCUGGAGAUGCAGCAGUCCCUCAGGCCUACUCAGUAUUGAUUGGCAAUCGGGAGUGGAUGAGACGGAAUGGCCUGCAUAUCUCCAGCGAUGUCCAUGAAACCAUGAAGGGCCAUGAAAUGAAAGGACACACUGCUAUACUGGUGGCUAUAAAUGGGUUGCUUUGUGGCAUGAUUGCAAUAGCGGACUCCAUCAAGCAGGAGGCAGCUCUGGCCAUGCACACCUUGCAAAAUAUGGGCAUGGAUGUGGUCCUUGUGACGGGGGACAACAGGAAAACUGCCAAAGCAAUUGCAGCUCAGGUUGGGAUCCGGAAAGUCUUUGCUGAGGUUCUCCCAUCGCACAAAGUAGCCAAGGUCCAGGAACUCCAAGUUGCCGGGAAGAAAGUUGCCAUGGUCGGAGAUGGGGUCAAUGACUCCCCAGCUUUGGCAAGAGCUGAUGUUGGCAUUGCUAUUGGAACAGGCACAGAUGUUGCCAUUGAAGCCGCAGAUGUUGUUCUUAUUCGUGAUGAUUUGAUGGAUGUGGUUGCAAGUAUCCAUCUCUCCAAGAGAACUGUGAAAAGAAUACGGUUAAAUCUAAUCCUAGCCUUGAUAUACAACCUCCUUGGGAUCCCCAUAGCAGCAGGUGUGUUCAUGCCUAUUGGAAUUGUGUUACAACCAUGGAUGGGGUCAGCAGCCAUGGCAGCAUCUUCCAUAUCAGUGCUGCUCUCUUCUCUGCAGCUAAAAUUCUACAAGAAGCCAGACGUGGAAAGAUACGAAGCACAAGCUGAGGGGUCCAUGAAGUCGCUGACUCCUUCCGAAAUAAGCAUCCAUAUUGGAAUGGAUGACAGGAGACGGGACCUGCCCAGAUCAGGUGCCUGGGACGAGAUCAGCCAUGUGUCUCUUUCCUCCCUGACUUCCACUCGAAUGCCAAGGCAUACAGAGAACCUUCUAGGGGAUGAAGCGGACAGGUGGUCACUGCUCACCAACGAUCAGGAUGAAGACCAGUACAUUUAAGAGGGCCAUAAUCUUCUUACAAGGACACGUUCGUGCAACUUUCCCUUGAGCUUUUCCAUUGUGGGAAGCAUGGCACUCUUGUGUUUGGCUUCUGGAAGUUCCAGUGGUCUGCACUCUUUCUGCACUCUUGAUAGCAGUGGAGAGUAUAGGGGGAGGCAGCACUUGAUCUGAUCUUGGUUGCCGAGCUGCCUCUUAAGACCCUCAAGAGGUGGAUGGAGAGCCUCAUCCUCAAGGUUUUCCACACAUCCAGCUCUAUGUAUGAAAUGCUAUGCAAGGAUAUAUAUUGCACUGAAUAAUUUUAGACAUGAAAUGUUGCAGAUGGCAGCAGCAAACAGGGACAGACUACUGUGAUUCGUAUCCAGAGAUUUGUGGACAAGAGCUCCGACUGUGGAAAACAACUCCCACCUCCACCACCACCACUGCAUCUUGGCCCAAACCCUGCCCUGGGGUCAGGGGAUCUCCCAGAACAGCGCUGGGUGUGAUGGGAGGGGGUCUGCAGUAGGAAGGGGAAACCAGCAGAAAUUACUUUUCCACCCCUGUUGAUGGAACUGCCCUUCUGCUGGGGGAAAACAAGCAGUGGAUGCAGCCUGUUCAGCUUCCCAGCCAGGAGGGAGACAAAGUUCCUUCGCUGAAUUAUGGCUGGAAACCAAACAGGGUGGGGUUUUGUUUCUGUGCUUCCAAGAUCCUUUCAGCCUCUGAAACUGGCUUCUUUGUCUGCCACAAGGGCAAGAAAUGAUGGACCACAAACCAUGAUGUCAGUUUACGCUCUCGGCAUAAGUCAGCAUUUGCUUCUGUAACUUCUUUUGUGUCUUUCCAUCAGCUGUAAGUUCCCUGUCUCUGCAUUUAAUCUACACUUUGCAAAAAUGGAAAUGUAUUUCAAGUCCUUCUAAAGGCAGACUACAAGCAAUAUUAAAAGUGAAAUUAUUCCAUAGGGUAAUGUCUAAUGUAAGCUGACUACAGAUGAUAAAUUCUGCACCCACUGCUGUAGCAAAGAAAUUUUCUGGCUAAUCUUUUAGAAGGGAGACAACCUGUAGGGUAAGAACAUCCAUAUUUUGAUAUAUUUGGUUUUUCAAAAUACACCUACGGGAGCACAAAGUUACCAGGCAAGGGGUGAAAUACAUUUUAGAUGCAAAUAACUAAAAAGAGAAAGCAGUGUUUCAUAAUCAGUUAACCUGAUCUUAAAUGGGUCUUUGAGGGCGUUGACAUACCUCUCUAAACUUUUUAAAAUGCAAAUCUAUCAGUUCUGCCAAUCUAAGACAAAAGUUAUUAACAGUAGGCUGGUUUUACAACCUCAUGUGUCUCCGAAACUUUAUGUUAAUUAAAGUGGGGGGUCUUUUUGUUGUUAAAAUGUUUAAUGAAUAAUAAUGAACAGACAUAAACUUUAACUUGGGAUUCGUUUGUAAUGCUUAGAACAAAAUAAAUCAAGGUUAUUGCAUGUUUUAGAGGUGAAUCUACACCUAUUACUUCCCUAGCAACCACAGAAUCUCCUUCCAUAACUUUUAAAUUGUAUCCUAAGCACACCCCAUGUUUGGGGGGGGGACCCCUUAACCUUAUUGCCCCCCCCCAGUGCUUUCCAUUCACUAGCCUUGACAUUCUAACUUUUGGGGAAAUGAUAUACACCAUUGUAAUUCCUUUACAGUGGUUUUCAGCUGUGUUUAUGACCUUGGAACAAACCCAUGAAUCCUGCCGCCUCAAAUUUGUGUCCCACUUUUUCAUGGGACUCGUAUUUUUCAGACUGAUCAAGAGUGCUUUAAUUAUUCUGAUAGCAUAUCCUUCAAUUUAUCUGCAACCAAUAAUUUUCUAAACUUCAUUUCCCCUUAUGUUAUCACACAGCUGUUAUUUGAAAAUAUAUGUAAAACAAUCUUGGAUGUGGACAGAUAUCUACAAGAAAUGCCUGACCAUAAAACAGGGAGAGCCAAUGUGAAAAUAAAGCUGGAAAUAUAUUGAAAUGAAUUAUUACCAUUCUUCACCCAAUUUUUGCCUAACCUUCUUUGAGAAGACAGAUUACAAAGGAGAGAUCUUUGGGGCUAGAUAGUACUUUAAUUUUAUUCCCAGUGAUCGAAACUGCAGUAGCGGUAUUACUUAGGUUUUCUUUCCACCCAUGGCAGAUAUUGAAAUUCAAUGCAAGGAAAACAUGUUCUACAUGAAUCCAGCUGUGCUGAUCUUGUCUUGUCUAAAAUGUUAUGACGGUCUGGGUGGAUGCUCAGUAAUUAAACAGCCCCAUGGAUGCUCAAUAAUUAAA